AUCUAGUAUUAAAGUAAUGAUAUUUUAGGAAAAGGAAAAUACCGUUACAUUUCAACCACCAUGACUCCGCCAAAUAUCCUCCUUAUCUCUUCCACCACCACUCUACUUCCUCCACCAUUAAAACCACCGCGAUUCGAAAGUCAACCACCGCCGCUGCCGCCGCUCGAUACAAAGCUAUUCAGCCGUAGAAACGCCGUCGUUUUGCUCUCCCUCAUUGUUGCUCCUCUCACUUUCCCUUCCUCCGCUCUCUCCUUCGGCAUUUCAGGACCAAAAGAAUGGCUAAGAGAUCAGAAGAAGAAGACGGCGAAGUAUCUUUUGGCGCCGAUCGAUGCUUCUAGAAACAUCCUCCGUUCAGCUUAUCUAAUAAUCACGAGAAAUGAAUCGGAAUUUGGUGAAAAGGAGCUGGAAGAAUUUCAGAGCUUAUUGAGAUCUGCUGCAAGAGAUUGUGUGCCUACAGAGAGGAGUUCGUUUGUUCAGUUUCAAUCGAACUCGGGAGUUGAGGUCUGCACUUUCCGGUUGGUUGUGAAAAAUGCUUCUUCUUUGCUUGCUGACAAGGAUCCGGUAAAGUUAGCAGCUGAAACCAAGCUUACUGAUCUCAUAAGGUCUUUUUCUUCUCUAAGUGACAUGGCAAAUGAAAUUGAUGUGCAGGUUGCUUCUAAUAGUAUGUAACUUGCCACCUCUAACAGGAUGAUACAGAACCUCUAGCAAUACUACAAAGAAUUGGAAUUGCUAACUGGCUUCUGGCUGCAGUUUUAAGCGUUUCCAGUUCUAACUAUACUGCAAUAGUCUUGGAUUCAAGUAUGAUAGUAGCUGAUAGGUUCCAUACUAUGCAAAGAACACUCUUUGCAUGCAGGCAAUAGUUUACUCUUAUGAAACCUCUCUGUUUCUUUGUCACCAUUUGGCCAUACCGCCUGUAUUACUUAGAUCCUCCAAAAGUGCUGUCGUGCCUGACACCAUUUUUGGAGGAUUUGACACGGUUGCAACAACAUUUUGGGGGAUUCAAGCAACAUAGCAUACCACACAACUUGAUGCUUUUAUUUUUUGUUUUGUACAUAAUUCAAGCCUUAGAAGCAUAUGAAGGAACAAGGUCUGUGAUAAUUCUUGUAUGAGUUGUUUAAUCAAGUCCUUCUAUAACAAGUGCUUUCAGAAAGCAGGUUUUAAUUAUAUUAUUUAGAUUAUGUUUCUAAUACUAUAUAUCUCAGCACCUCCAUUCCUUUAUCAAAUCUAGUACUUACGGGCUCAAGUUAAUCUCUUUGAGUGAAAGCAAUCAUAGGGGGUUUGGGUUAGAGAUAAGUCGUCCUUUACCAUUGGUAGGCAAAAAAAGAAUAAGUGAACUUGCCUUUGUUUGUAAGUGUGAAAAGGGCAAGUAACCCCAAAUAGUAUGGAUCUCUUUAGUUUUUCAUGCCUGCUUCUGGUCACUCUGACUCUUUUUGUUGUGUGAGAUUUGAAAGUAUCCGAAAAAAGGGAUUCAGCAUUAAUUCAUAUAAGGAUAUUGCUUUUACCGGAUAUAUAAGAAACUUGCUUUGUGAUUGGGAGAAAAUAUGGUAAGCUCUACGAGAAGGUAAAAUAGUACUAUAUUGUCUCUUUUUAACUCUUGCAAAAGUUAAAAGUAGGAGGGAGAAUGAUGGGGGCUGAAACAUGAUGAACUUGUUCAAGAAUUACCUAGAUCUUGAAAA